CCCUCUCGCCUCCCCCCGCCAGCCCCACCUGUGCUCCCUGGCUCCCCGGGGCUCCCAGGAGAUGCUGCAGCCGCCGGCCGGGGCCUUGGGGCACUGAGGGGUCCGGCCCCGCCCGCUCCUCCCCUGGGCCCUCCCCCGCCUCCCGGGAGCAUGGUGGUUUUCCCUUGGAGCCCCCUGGCUCUGGACUUCUAGAAGAUGCCUGCCAUGAGGCUGCUCACUUGCCUCCUGCAGCUGCUGGCUGGGCUGGCGCUGCCGGCCGUGCCCCCCCAGCAGUGGCCCCUGUCUGCUGGGAACGGCUCAUCAGAGGUAGAAGUGGUGCCCUUCCAGGAAGUGUGGGGCCGCAGCUAUUGCCGGCCGCUGGAGAGGCUGGUGGACAUUGUGUCUGAGUACCCCGGCGAGGUGGAACACAUGUUCAGCCCAUCCUGCGUCCCCCUGCUGCGCUGCACCGGCUGCUGUGGUGAUGAGGACCUGCACUGCGUGCCGGUGGAGACGGCCAAUGUCACCAUGCAGGUCCUGAAGUUCCGCUCUGGGGACCGACCCUCCUACGUGGAGUUGACGUUCUCCCAGCAUGUGCACUGCGAGUGCCGACCUCUGCGGGAGAAGAUGAAGCCAGAAAGGAGGAGACCCAAGGGCAGGGGGAAGAGGAAGAGAGAGAAGCAGAAACCCACAGACUGCCACCUGUGCGGUGAUGCUGUUCCCCGGAGGUAGCCAGCCCCUUGGAGGAGAGACCUGCCCCGCUCCUGUAUUUAUUGCUGUCACACCCUCAGU